AUAUAUAGUUUUUUAUUUCCAAGCUUGUAAAAAAUCACAGUGAUGUUUUGGCUGUUAUGAUCAUUCACCCAAACCCUCCUCAACCUCUCUGCGCCCUCCUCUCUCCGCUUCGAAGCCCCGCAAUUCCUCCGAUCGAACCCUAGAAAUCUCUUCUGCAUCGAUCAAUUUCCGUUCCAUUCCCUUUCUCUUUCUUCUCCAUCUCCCUGCCGUAGUUUGCGUUAUUCGCUACUCCGAGAUCUCUCGGGGCCCUUGCAAUUGGUGCGUGGUCGACGAUGGCUGACGGAACGAUUGAUUUUCCGGACGAUCUCCUCUCCACCAAAGCGCCCGAUGAACACUGGACCGACAAAGAUGAAGUAUUGGGAGGAAAGGGUGAUGGGAAGGUGCUUAUGGGACUACUUGAUGGGUUGAAAGAUCAAGCAACAUCAGAGAGUAGCAUACCUCUGUCCCCACAGUGGCUUUAUGCCAAGCCAGUUGAGGCAAAGAUAUUGAUUGGUGGCACAUCAGGGGAAAUGCGAGCACCAAACCCUAUACCCCAUGGAAACUCCACUGAUCCCAAUCAGAAAGAUGGCUGGCGUUUAGAUGGAUCUCAGGACAAGAAAGACUGGAGGAGGACUGCUGCUGACAUUGAAAGCAGUCGUCGCUGGCGUGAAGAGGAGAGAGAAACAGGCUUACUUGGUAGACGAGAUCGUAGAAAAGAAGAACGUCGUGCUGAUGUCAUUCCUACAAGAGAAACUGCUGAGAGUAGAGCUUUAACUUCUUCCGAUCGCUGGCAUGAUAAUAACCGUAGUUCUGUGCAUGAACCUCGGAGAGAUAACAAGUGGUCAUCAAGGUGGGGUCCUGAAGAUAAAGAGAAGGAUUCUCGAACUGAGAAGAGGACAGAUGUGGAAAAGGAAGACCCUCAUGUUGACAAGCAAUCUUUUAGUGCCAACCGCACAGCCGCAGAGCGUGACAAUGAUUCACGUGAUAAAUGGAGACCACGGCAUCGUAUGGAAGUUCAUGUAGGUGGAUCAGCUACAUAUCGUUCUGCACCAGGAUUUGGAUUGGAGAGAGGACGAGUGGAGGGUUCAAAUGUGCGAUUUGCUCCUGGACGAGGAAAGCCAAAUGCUAGUGGACUUCUACAAAUUGGCAGGCCUCUUUCUGCUGGUUCUAGUGGUUUUGUUCCGGGAGAUAAGAAUGACAAUGUAUUUGGGAAAUCUGCGUAUUGUUACCCAAGGGGAAAGCUUCUGGACAUUUACCGCAAGCAAAAUACAGUUCCUGCUUUUGAUACCAUACCUGUUGAGAUGGAGCAAGUGCCCUCAAUAACACAAGUAGACUCAAUUGGGCCAUUGGCUUUUGUGGCGCCUGAUUCUGAUGAAGAGGCUGUUCUUGGAGACAUAUGGAAUGGAAAAAUCACUACCAGUGGAGUAUUCUACAGCUCAUUUAGAGAGAAGAAUGUGGGAUCAGAUGAAAACCUUACAGGCAUUGGUGACUUAACACUGACUGAAGGGAAACAGGUUUCCUUGAAUAAUACUGAAUUUGAUUAUGAAUCUUUGGGAAAGACUGCUGAUGAUCAAGCAUAUCAAGGAGAUCCACAUAAAGAAGGUGAACAGGAUUUUGUGUCCCCAAUUGGUGUGGCAGUGACUGAUGAUUUGACUCCUGCAGUUUCAAAUAGAUAUGAUUUCAGCAGUUUGAGGGAGCUUGACAGUACUGGACAUAAUGAACUGAAGCCUCUUCAAAAUCAGCAGUGGACAGAUUCUGCUCCAAAACACUUGAAGUUGGAACACACUGAGGCAGCUUUGUCUUCUGAAAUCAGUACCCAGCUUCCUGAUGAUUCAAGUUCUUUAUUUGACUUCUCUUCUAUAGAGAAAAUUUCUAGUAGCAACCAGGACCUUUUAAAGGGCAAUAAUGUGGCCUUCUCAUUAGAAAGGACUAUCCCACCUGAGGAGUUAAGUUUAUGUUAUUGUGAUCCUCAAGGGGUAACUCAGGGACCUUUUCUGGGAAUUGACAUCAUUUCAUGGUUUGAGCAAGGAUUUUUUGGAGCUGACUUACCUGUACGAUUGUCAGAUGCUCCUGAUGGGUCUCCUUUUCAAGAACUUGGCGAGAUCAUGCCACAUCUGAAAAAUAAAGCUAGGUCUGCCUCCAGCUCUGAUCUAGUUACCAAGUCAGAAAAAUCUGAUGCUUUUGGAGAUGGAUUGGGAGAGAGUAUUCCUGACCUUGCUUCAGCCAAGGUUUCAGCUGUCUUGAAUGAUCAGCAGUGGGAAUCUUCUGUAUUUGAGGAUAGCUCAGGUGUUUAUGUUCAGCCAAGAAUACCUAAACAGGAGUGUCCUGUUGAACCCCAGUAUACUGAAGAUCAAGGCUUCCAAAAUUUUUUUGCACUUGAUGAGAAAGUCGCCUUUCUUGGAGAGUCUGCAACUAGCAGUGGCAAUAUGAGGAAACUCUCUGCUAAUGUUCAUGGUUCAUUUCCUGAUUUGAGCAGCCGCCCAUCUUUUGCAAAUGAAUUUGCAGAAACUGGUGUGCCUAUGGAUAAUGAUGAUAAGUUGCAUCCCUUUGGUCUGUUAAUGUCUGAGCUCAGAGGCUCCCACAUGAGGUCUAGUCAGUCAUCAAAUUUACCUUCAAAUAUAGGUGAUCAGAGUCACUUUAUAGAUACCUUGCAUGAGAGAGAUGUCCUGUUGCCCAGACAGAGUUCAUUAGGUGCUGUGUCUGAUCAAUCUCUUGUUGCAGAGACAUGGUCUGAUGAUUAUAGAAGAAAUAUAUGUUCUAACUCCAGUGUUCAUCAAGGUGCCAUAGAUGCCCGGCAUUUAUCUCGCAUGGAGCAAGAAUUCAGUGGCUAUGACUUGGCAGAGCACCUGAUGUCACAAAAGUUGCAAAAGGAACAACUUCAACCACAGAACCGUCCAUCUCCUCAUCCCACAUCUCAUUUUAUUGGAUCAGGUGUGGAGCAAUUUCCUGGUUUUUCUUUUAGUCAGAGCAAGAACCCUGUUCUCCAACAGUCAGUCCACCAUCCAGCACAAGAUAUGGAACAUCUUUUGGAGCUUAAGUUACAACAGCAGCGAGAGUUUGAGCUUCAUCAACGACAUCAGUUUCAUCAACAGCAGCUUCAUCACCACCAAAUGAAAUUGCAGCAGCAGCAGCAGCAGCUGCAGCAGUCUCAUAUUCAACAAUUGCUUCUUGAACAGUUGCAGCAUCAUCACAUGUCUGAUCCGGGUUUUGGGCAGUCAAAGAUGGACCUUAUGGGAGACAACAUGCUUGAUCAGGCUUUGUUGAGGAAAAGCCUUCUCCAUGAAUUGCAGCAGAAUUCGUUUGCUUCAAGGCACCUGGAUCCAUCUCUAGAACAGAUCAUUCAAGCAAAGAUUGGUCAGAAUGCACAUAGAGGACGACCAAAUGAUUUAUUGGAGCUCAUAUCACAGGUGAAGCAUGGGAAUGCAUUCCCUUCAGAACAGCAGCUUCGUUUUCACCAAGAACAGUUGCAUGCAAGGCAGUUAUCUCUGGCAUUGAGGCAGCAGAUGGGGAUUGAGGGAGAGAGGCGUGCUGGUGGGCUCUGGCCAGUUGAUGAAGCUGAUCAAUUCAUCAGGACUUCUGCUGGCCGUCACCAAGCUCAUCUGGCAGGGUUGAACCCUUUAGAAUUUUACCAGCAACAGCAGAGGCUUUCCUCCCAUGAAGAACAACUAAGCCAACUUAAACGGAAUCUUGCUGUACAGGAGCAACUACAACGAGGGUUUUAUGAGCCUACUUCUGUUGCAUUUGAGAGGCCGAUGCCUUCUGGUGCUCCUGGGAUGAACUUGGAUAAUGUAAAUGCUCGUUUUCAAGGUCUAGACAUUCAAGAUCGGCAUCCUUAUAUGCAUUCCAUUGACCCCAUGGGUUCUUUCUCUUCUGGUAUCCCAUCUCAACACCACCAAGUUUCAGACUGGUUACAUGCUUCUCAUCCAGAUGCAAUUGAGUCCCGCUCCAGGAACAAUGGGCGGUCAGAAAAUAGUUGGCUAGAACCAGGGAUGAAACAAUUACAUUUUGAAGCUGAGCGACGGAAGAUGGAGCCUGAAGUUUCUGUAGCUUCUACAGAUUCAAGUUUAUGGGCUUUGGCUGGAGAUGAUGAGGAAAAAUCAAAGAGAGUUUUGAUGGACAUGCUCCACCAAAAACUGAAUCUUCAAUCUACACAGUCAUCAGAAGUGGACCAUCAACAUUCUAUAUCAUCUUAUAAAAGUCGGGAUUCGUUUGGACUAUUUCCUGAGUCAAGUUCUUCAAAUCUUCCUCCUAAUCUUCUACCAGAUCAAAUAGUCAGUCUAAACAACACAUUAACAGAAGGGUCCCCAAAUUCCAAUUCAAGCAACUUGCGGCAAAAUCAUUUACUUAAUGUUUAUGCGAAUGAACAAUUUAACAAUUUGGAAAACAGGGAAAGAUUUCCCCUUAGAUCUAAUUCUGGAGCAUUAGGAGAACAGCCAUUAUUUUCAAGCACACUAGAGACUUCUCAGAUUGGUUUUGUGGACUCUAGCUCGAUUGGGAAUUCAUCAAUGGGCAAAGAAUUCUCAGAGCUGGAGGGAAAGAAAGGGAAGAAGCGUGGGUCCAAAAGCAGAACGGAAAUGAGCCGGUCAGUUUCAGAGAUUGAAGGUAACUUAGCUGAGCAAGCUGAAGAUGCCAUGGAUCAUGGGGAGCUGCUAGUAAAUGCCCAUAGCAGGCAUACAUCAGUGAGCAAUGCUGGUGGAAAUGCAGGCUUAUACAACCAUGACAUUGGAUUAGAUAAAGCAUGCCAAGAUGAUGUUUCUAAUGAUAGGCUAUCAUCUAUUGUAUCCAAUGAGCUUGAUAAUUCAAUGCUUAAACGCCCACCAGUUUCUCGAGUCUUGUCUUCAGAUGUUCUGUUGGAGGCGGCCCCAGCUCCAGUUGUCAAGCAGAAAAACAAUAUAGAUGAUGGGAGACAGAAUUCUGCUGGGAAUCCAAUGACGAACAGGAUGGCUGAAACUCAGACAUCUGCCAAGAAAGACAUGCGGUUUAGGCGGACCUCAUCUUGUACUGAUGCUGCUGUAUCUGAAACUUCAUUCAUAGACAUGCUAAAAAAACCUGUUCCAGAGGCAGAUGCCACCAAUGGGGCUGCUUUGGAGUCAUCUGAUUGUAGCGUGCAAUCUGGACGAAGUGGCAAAAAGAAAGGAAAGAAAGGAAGACAACUUGAUCCUGCUCUUCUCGGAUUCAAAGUGUCCAGCAACCGGAUCUUGAUGGGUGAGAUCCAACGUCUGGAAGAUUGAUGCUCACUGGUUGUGCUCUCUAUUGUGAAUUCUUUCCCCCAUUUUUUUGAACAUACUAGAUUUUUAAAGUCUCUCAUGUAAAAGUUGUUCAUAUACUAACUUAUUUUUGGCCUUUUUUUUUUCCCAUCUUUUUGGCCUCUUUAUUGGGUUAGGAGACCGGGCAGAUGCCAGAUGCAAUUUUGUAGUGUCCUGUCGUUGGCUAUGAUAUGUAUAGUGCAUGCAGAUGAUAUUGUAGACGAGUGAGAAAAAUGUUGAUAGGAGAGAUUGAUGAAUAAAAGAUUUGUUAUAAACUUACAGCCAA